AGAUUAAUCAUUUUCUAACUUUCGGAAGAAGUUUCUCAAACAGAACAUUUUGCUUUGUGUUCCUUUGUAGGUAUGUACCUCAGGGGAAGGGGAUGAGCCUCCCACAGUGGCUGUGAAUAAGUGAAUAAGGAAGUGUUUGGGAAAUCAUUAACCAAGCUAGCAGUUAAAGGGCAAGGAGGGGGGGUUUAAAAGGCAAGGACUGGCAGAGAGUCGAAUCAAAUGACACGAGCAGCUCAGAGAGACGAUGAAAUGAAAUCAAACACUGGGAGAAACUCUUUUAGAGCAUUCAUCAAAGAAAGGAAAAUGGGCUUGAACGACUUUAUUCAGAGACUGGUAUCGAGCCCGCACAUGUGUCAACAUUCUGAUGUUCGAGUAUUUUUGAAAAUCGAUGAAAACCAGAAUGAGGAAGCAGAAGACCAGAGAAGUUCUCCUGUAUGUCUUGGUUCCCAGAGAAGCUCACUAGCUGAGGAGACCCAAGUUAAGCCAUCUGACUUUGACUACCUUAAAGUAAUUGGAAAAGGCAGCUUUGGAAAGGUUCUGCUGGUCAGGCACAAGGAGAACUCAAAGUACUACGCGGUGAAGGUCCUGCAGAAGACAAUGAUCCUGAAAAAGAAAGAGCAAAAGCACAUCAUGGCCGAGCGGAGCGUCCUGCUCAAGAACCUGAAGCACCCCUUCCUGGUGGGGCUGCAUUUCUCCUUCCAGACCACAGACAAGCUGUACUUCGUGCUGGACUACGUGAACGGAGGAGAGCUCUUCUACCACCUGCAGCGGGAUAGAGUGUUCCUGGAGCCCCGGGCCCGAUUCUACGCAGCCGAGAUCGCCAGCGCCUUGGGCUACCUGCAUUCCCUGCACAUCGUCUACAGAGAUCUCAAGCCAGAAAACAUCCUGCUGGACUCUCAAGGCCACAUCGUGCUGACCGACUUUGGGCUGUGCAAAGAGGGGGUCGACCCCAACAGCACCACGUCCACGUUCUGUGGGACCCCCGAGUAUCUAGCCCCUGAAGUACUGCAGAAGCAAGCCUACGACCGGACAGUGGACUGGUGGUGCUUGGGCUCAGUGCUUUACGAGAUGAUGUAUGGACUACCUCCCUUCUACAGCCGGAACACAGCGGAGAUGUACAAUAACAUCCUGCACAAGGCUCUGGUGCUCAAACCCAACGUGUCCAACGCCGGGUGCCAGCUGCUCCAGGGGCUGCUGCAGAAGGACCGCAAACACAGGCUGGGGGCCAAGGACGACUUCCUGGAACUCAAGUCUCACGCCUUCUUUUCCCCGAUAAACUGGGAUGACCUCACAGCAAAGAAAAUCAUCCCUCCUUUUGUCCCCUCCUUGGCAGGCCCCGUUGAUCUCCAGUACUUUGACACCGAGUUCACCCAGCUACCCAUCACCAACUCCCUGCAGAACUCGGACAGCGUCCUGGUGACCAGCAGUGUCAGAGAGGCGGCCGGAGCCUUCCCCGGCUUCUCCUACGGGCCACCCGCUGACAACGCCUUCCUGUAGGCUCGAAGUGAGCCUCUCUCUCGCCAGCCGACCUCCCUCCCUCACCGCACAAGAGCACUGACCACUGAACCCUAAGGGAUGGUCGCGUGCAUCCCAAACCAAAAGCACCGCUCCCGAUCUGUGCAAGACGAAGGGUGAAACCUGCUGUCGGGACAACGUGGAGGGGCACGCUGCAAACAAGAUCAGCUGAGAAUCUACUAAAAUAGGUUAGCAGGCGUUGUUUAGCCUGUAUACCCUUCGGAUAUGUGAGUGUGCAGCGUGGUUACUGGUGCUGCCAGCGUCUCGUUAAAAAAAGCAGACAUUUAAACCACCCAGCAUCUUAGCUGCUUUUGGCCCCUGGAGGACAAAUGAUAGGAAUGCCAUCUCCCCCUGUCUUAGGGGUCGAAAGAUGAGGGCAUUAGCUAUUGGGAGUAGUGGGGGUUAUUUAUGUAGAUUUAUAUCUGUUAGAGCAAUCAUUUAUAUAUAAAGAUAUAUUUUUAUACAAUGUACUGUAUCUCACAUUUUGACUGACCGAAGUAUUUCUGUAUGGUGCACUGAUCCCUUAGUGUCUAGAGGGGGUUGUGAACUAUGAUCCUAGCUCUAUAGUAUAGUACCCCUCCUUUUCUUCAUAGGAACUUGUGUAACCAAUACACUACAUGUUUUAAAGGUAUAGUCUGCAUUGCUUGCAUUUUACUGUAGGCUAUGGGACACACCAGUUGUUUGGGACAUAUCGUAAACUAAUUGCACAGAAACGGUACAUGCUGGUUUGCUUUGUAGAGGCAAGAUACAUUAUAAUCACAAGGUUGAUAACUAGGCUGUCACCUAUCAUUAAUAGAUAUUGUGACCAGCUUUAUCAAUCGAGUGGUUUUAACUUUGGAGGAGGUCAUUGAUACAGGGGUCAGAUCUGAGGGUCUUCAUCAUUCUCAGUAAAGCACAGUGGAGAAAAUAACCUGAGCAGAGAGCUCGAAAAAAUAUCACAUUUCUGAAUAGGAAAGUUGUGGUAUCUGUCCAGCAAGUGGCGACAUAGGCCUUUUUAAAAAAAUACAAUACAACCAGGCUAUGGCACUCUGCAAGUCCUGAAUGGAAUAUUACAUUCUGCAUGGGCUGUAUUGUUUACAGCUCAGCAUUUAUGACAAAUGGUGGUCUUGACUAAAGAAGCUUGGAAGACAGUGAUAUAAAUAGCAGGAUUCAGUGAUCAUACUGUCCAUCCAUGUACCUUCCACCAGCACUUAGUUACAGACACAGUCCACUGCCUGAUACUGUAUAACACUAUUUAUUUAUUGACUUGGAUUUUCAAGCAGAUGGGAUUGACUCCAAUCUGAUUUUACAUGAAGAUCGCUUACUCUUGCUGUGGGGAAUUCAUGUAGAAUUUAUCAGGAUACCCAACUGCAAGUGUUUUGAGAUGGGUUGAUUGAGUCAUUGUAUUUAUAUAGUUAUGCAUCAUGUAAAUAUGAAAGAUAUAUAAUGUAUGACGACGAUCUCUUUUGUAAAAGAUGUUAAAAUCAUGUGAAAUGAAAAAGGUUCAGACCUGUU